AUGAAGAAUACAAUUGAAUAUUCAAAAUCUUACAAAUCAUCUUACACAUUCGAUGAAACUCGAGAAGUACCCAUAUCACAUUAUGUGUGCCAAUGGUGGAUCAUACAAUUUCAAGGCGUUCAAAAUGAUAAUCAAAUUAAUACAUCUAUUUCAUUUAAGAAAAAACAUCGUGAUCAAAUCCGAUACAAGAAUUCGGCAUCGCCUUUUCGCCGAUCAGGUUUAUGGAUGACUAUGAAAGUUGUUUUUCAAAGUAUUUUCACAAAACGUUUGGGAAAGAUUGGUACUAUCGUUUAUAAAUUAUUUAUUACUGACUUUUUAACUUAUUUUAUUUCUACAAGACAAAAAUUAAUAAGAUCUCGCAUAUCGGUUGAUCUUCUUAUGCAUUGUCUUCGAAAGAUUGUACGACGAUUGAAUAAAAUUGAUGAUUUGUUAUCAACAAUUGAUUCAAACAAUAUAACUCCAUGGAUGAAAAAUAUCAGAGAAGAAAUCAAACAUAAAAUUGAUCGUAUUACUCUUAAUUUAGAUUGGCAAAAGUCCAUUGAGAAAAAUCAAAAAGAAAAUAUAACAAAACUUCAAUUGAAUCCAAAUCAAAAAGAAAUCUUUCAACAUUCUUGUCAAAAAUUAAAAGCUUAUCUUAAUAAAAAACAUUCCAGUACUUCAAACAAACAAUUCUAUGAUAGUUAUGAUUAUAAUCAUUGGUCAUUAACUAGUGUUGCUCAUGAAGACGAUGGAUUACCUCGAGUUUCAGUCUUAACAAAUCACAAUGAUGAUGCUAUGGGCAUAGCAUUGAUACGUAUUGAAAUUUGGGUGCAAUCGUGCUUAGAGCAAUGGAUCAAUCGCUCAUUACUAUUGGAAAAUGGAUACAAAUGUUUUGAAAAUUUGCAAUCCUUUUAUGAAGAUUAUCAACAUGAAGCUUUGGAUUUUUAUUAUUCUGGGAACAAAUCAACAGAUCCAAUGGGUUAUAGUCGAUUUAUUCUAACAUCAUUAACAAUAAUUCGUUUGAUGCACAUAAAACUAUGUGAAGAUAUUCGAUUCGAACGACUGAAAUCACAUGCCAUUGAAAUUCCUCAUCUUAUGGAUCUAUUUGAAUUUUUAAUCUUACCCAAUCGAGACGAUAUGAUUCGAGCUCGAGAUUUGUAUGAUUAUUUUCUAGAAUUUAAUGAUAAAUCAUAUCCCGACCUUUUAAGUAAUAUUGACUUGCAAAAUGCUUUUGGUGUUCAUUUUGCUGAACAAUCAGUAGAAAUCAAUGAAAAUCUGAAAAAGAUUCAAGAACAAAUUGAACACGAUAAGAAAGAUAAAAUUCAAGAAAUAAAUAAUGCAAAAGAAAAAUAUGAAGAACUGAUGAAAAAAGUCAAUGAUCUUAAGUGUGAAUGUGAAAAGGAUACUUUUUACCGAAAAUGUGAUCGAUGUAGUAUGAUAAAAGAAGCAAAUAAUAUCAAAGUAGAUAUUUACGAAUGUCCAAUACCGUCCGAACGAAGAAGUGCUUUGGCCGUUAUGUUUGAAUUACAAAUGCCAAAUGAAAUUCGAUGUUAUCGAGAUAUACUUUGGCAAUUUGUUAAUCGUCCUACAUCAAAUCCUUCUAAUAAUAUGUAUGAAUGGUUAAGUACUCGUCCUCAUCAAAACAAACUGAGACAAUACUUCAAAGGUUCGCGUAGCUGUAAAGUAAAAUUGGUAUCUGAAACUAAGUCGAUAUCAGAAAGUCAUUAUUCAGCUCCACGACAUGUCAUGUCAACAUCUAUGGAAGAAUAUUUUUACGAUAAUGGCCUGCAAGUUCAAAUAUCUCCAACUAGAAUAAUCAAUUUUCAAGAUGAAUGUCAAACAUUAACACCUCAACUGACAGAUUCAAAUUACAAAGAUUUACAAUUUUCUAUUAACAACACAAAAUUUGUACAGAAUCGAGUCAUAGCUGAAUUAUCAAAGUGUUCACUGAAAUUAAAGUCAGCAGAAUUUGUUGAAUUUGGCUCAUUUCGUUCUGGUCAUCGUUUACAAUGGUGGAAUCUUUUAAGUAUUCUUGAAUUAGAUUCAUUAUCAAUGGACGAAGAAAGUGUUGUUAUACUCAUAACACAUGCACUUUUACAAUAUGGUCCAGUGGCAAAAGAUCGAACAUCACUAAUUUCUUCAUGGUGUCCAGAAUCACAUCAACAAUUAUUAGAAGAUCAUUUUGUUGAUGAAUUAAUUACGAGAUUAAAUCGUCAUUUAAAAGAUUGUGAAUGUAAUUGGCAAAAUGAAUUGAUUUUAGUAAUUAUAACAGUAAUUGUCAUGAGGAUAUUCACUAUAUGUAAUUCAACACGAAAAGAUCAAAUGACGAAUUUAGUUUUAAAAUGUCGUAUGAUAGGUGAAAAAUGGAUUGAACUCAUUUCGAAAACUAUUCAAAAUUCAAUUUCAUCGGAUUCUGAUAAAACGAAUGCAUUACGUAAUAAAAUUGUCAUUAUUGGUAUUAUCAAUCUGUUGACAUAUUCAAUAUAUACUGAUAGUAGCAAUACUUUAAUAUUAUCAAAUCAAGAUAUUAUUUCUUUAUUGACAAUAGCAACAACUAUUCAUGACAAUAGUAUUUUAAACAAAACAACAGUUCAUAUGAGUAUAUUUAUGAGAAAUUUAAUGCGUCAUAGUGAAUACGUCCUAUUAUCGAUUCAUCCAAUCAUAAGUAAAAUUCUUCAAGACACUUCCUAUGAAAGUUUAAAUAAAUUUUGUACUAUUCAUUGGGCAGUAGUACGAACUAAAGGUAUAAUGAAUAAUAAGUGGAAGAAAAGAAGCACAGAUAUAUAUGACGGUUGGUAUGAUAGUGAAUAUGAAUCAAAAAAACUAUCGAUUGAUUGUUUAAGAGGAAGAUUUUUUGUCAAUAAGAUGACAAUUGGUUUUUUACCCGAUAGAGUAACUUCGGAUGAUUUAUUUCGUCGUGUAUUUGGUCAACAUAUUUUUGAAGUACAAGCAGCUGAAUCAGAAGAUAGUUAUAUUACAAAACAUGGAUAUCAUACUGAUGGAAAUGUUCACUAUGAAUUCGCUUACGAUAAUGAAUAUUAUGGAAGCCGACAAUUGAUAGUCUAUGAGCGGUACGUAAAAACAAACGAUAAGUUUCAAUUGAUUCCUCCUAGUUGUUUUGAAACAGAACUACCUGAUAUUUUGGUUUCAAACUAUAGUCAUUGGUGGAAUGAAAACAGAAAAAUAUUACAAUUUCGACCUAUUCAUUUUCAAGAUUCUAAUUUUUCAAGUGAUAUAUCUUAUAUGUUAUACGACAACAGAUAUAUUAUGAUGUGUAACACUGAAAAUAAACAAUAUUUGAUUAAUC